UGUGGUGCCUGUCGUGUAAGGUCGUUUGUCAAGAUAUCGAUCUAAGCUUGAAAUUGUGGGACACAGGACACUGCUAUCUAUAGAAAUAAACUGUAUCUUUGUAUACUCUCGGCCUGGUUCUAAAUACCAGACUUUUACAUAGUGAAAGAUGGUUGCCUUUGGAAAGAAGUUAAAGGAAAGACAAAUUGAAGAAUGGCAAGGAUAUUACAUCAACUAUAAGCUUAUGAAGAAAAAGGUAAAACAAUAUGCUCAGCAAAUGGAAGUUGGAACACAAGAUCGUCGGCAUGUUCUCAAGGAUUUUUCAAGAAUGCUGGACAACCAGAUUGAGAAGAUUGUACUUUUUCUGUUGGAGCAACAAGGGCUUCUUGCAAGCCGUAUAGCCAAACUUGAUGAACAGCUUGAUGCUCUUCAGCAAGAACCUGAAAUAUCCCAUAUAACUGAAUUGCGGGAAGCUUACAGAACAGCCGGCCAAGAUCUUUUAAAACUUCUAUAUUUUGUUGAAAUAAAUGCAAUUGGUCUGCGUAAAAUUUUGAAAAAGUUUGACAAGCGGUUUCGCUAUAGAUUUACUGAUUAUUAUGUCAAGACACGUGCCAACCAUCCUUACUCUCAGCUGCAGCAAGUUUUCAAACAUGUGGGAAUAGGGGCUGUUGUUGGAGCCAUAUCACGUAACUUGCAUGAACUCCAGGACCGUCAAGGAAGAAGCUAUCUAUCAAUAUACGAUCAGCCUGUUCUCCCUCUCCAGGAUCCUAUAAUCGAUUCAAUUAAAGCUGCUGUGGACAGGUUAAGUAACUCAACAAACUUCCUAAACUUUUUGGCACAACAUGCCCUCAUUAUGCGAGAAGAAGAGUUACCUGCUCCCAUCGAGGAACAAGUUGAUGAUAGCAACUACCACUUCAUGUCACUUUUCUUGAACUUAGCAAAUACAUUUCUAUACAUGGUCAAUACAUAUAUUGUGGUCCCAACAGCCGAUGACUACUCCAUGAGCCUUGGAGCUGCAGCAACCGUAUGUGGUAUUGUAAUUGGAGCAAUGGCAGUUGCACAAGUGUUCUCAUCGGUUUACUUUAGUGCAUGGUCAAAUAGAUCUUACUUCAGACCUCUAAUAUUUAGCAGCAUUGCUCUCUUUCUCGGGAACCUCUUAUAUGCUCUUGCUUAUGAUCUUCAAUCACUGUGGGUUCUUUUAAUUGGACGUCUUUGCUGUGGGUUGGGUUCUGCUCGGGCUGUUAAUAGGCGUUAUAUCAGUGACUGUGUGCCGCUAAAAGUUCGGAUGCAAGCAUCAGCGGGCUUUGUUAGUGCCAGUGCUUUAGGAAUGGCUUGUGGUCCAGCUCUGGCCGGAUUACUUCAAACAAAUUUUAAGAUUUACAAGCUCACUUUUAAUCAAAAUACUUUGCCUGGUUGGGUUAUGGCUGUGGCUUGGCUAAUAUAUCUAGUAUGGUUGUGUAUCUCAUUUCGUGAACCUUUGCGGGAAACUGAAGAGAAUACACCGCAGGAAUCAAAUCAAGUUCAAAAUGACAGACUUGAAAAAGGUCUUCAGCAACCAUUGCUUAUUACUUCACUAGAGAAGCCAUCAGAUGAAGAUGGUGACCCAGAAGUUGAUGACAGUGAAGAAGCUCCGGAGGAAUCUCGCCUACCAGUGACUUCUAUUGGCUCAGCUUAUAGAUUACUCACUCCCUCUGUUAAGGUUCAACUGUUGAUAUAUUUCAUGCUCAAAUAUGCAAUGGAAAUUCUACUUUCGGAAUCUAGUGUUGUUACCACAUACUACUUUGGUUGGUCCACGAGUUCUGUGGCAACUUUUCUGGCAUGCCUUGGCCUAACGGUUCUCCCAGUAAAUAUCUUAGUUGGUAGUUACAUCAGCAACAUGUUUGAAGACAGGCAAAUAUUAUUGGUAUCUGAAAUUAUUGUCUUCAUAGGCAUCCUCUUGAGCUUCAAUGUAUUCAUCCCAUACUCCGUGCUUCAAUAUGUGUGCUCUGGACUCAUCAUGUUUGUGUCGGCAGAAGUGCUUGAAGGUGUGAACCUCUCGCUUCUCUCCCGAGUCAUGUCAUCCCGGCUCUCCCGUGGUACCUACAAUGGUGGAUUGCUAUCGACAGAAGCCGGGACCAUUGCUCGAGUGAUCGCAGAUGGAACUAUAACCCUUGCUGGUUACCUGGGCCGAAGUAGGCUCUUGAAUGCCACUCUCCUUCCCUCCCUCCUCAUUUGUCUAGUCUCCAUUGCUUCCACCUGCUACACCUACAACUCUCUCUACUAAGAUCUCAUUAGGUUUCUUCUAUCCAUCAUUCGUUUAGAUCAUCUAUUGGAUUUUAAAUUUAUUAAUUCUUAUAUUUGCCAUGUCUAUAAGGUUUUGAGUAUUGUUCUUCCUCCUUCAACCAUAUGCCUUAAUGACUGCAUAUGGGCAAAAUAGCCCUGAAAGAUUUUGGACCAUUUAUUUAGGUUUUAUCGUAAAUAGGAAAAGAAUAUGAAUGGUUCAGAUUUAAUAAAAUUCUCUGGUUGAAAAGAGUCAGGUAAUUUCCAUUCC